CGCCAUUCCUUCCCAGUGCAGACGCACCCUGAGGGAGGGCGUCUGGGUCUCUGAGGAGAUUAUGGCUAUCACUCACACGCUUCUUCUGUGACCCUGUCAUGGCUUGUCCUAGCACAAGUGAGUUCCCUUUCUUGGCAGACAGGCAUGCGCGUCUUAUACUGGCCCAGAUCAACAAAAUGAGAUGUGGACACCACUUCUGCGAUGUGCAGCUCCAGGUUGGUGAAGAAGUAUUUAAGGUCCACCGUCUUGUCUUGGCUGCAAGCAGCCCUUACUUUGCAGCUCUGUUUGCUGGAGGGAUGAGAGAGGCUUCAAAGGAUACUGUACAGAUCAUGGGCGUGAAUGCUGACAUUUUUCAGAUCCUCCUAGACUUUAUUUACACAGGCAUAGUCAGCAUUGGUGAGAAUAACGUCCAGGAGCUGAUUGUAGCAGCAGACAUGUUCCAACUCACUGAGGUAGUAGACCUUUGCUGUGAAUUUCUGAAGGGACAGAUUGAUCCUGGGAAUUGCAUUGGACUCUUCCAAUUCUCUGAGCAUAUUGCCUGUCAUGAUCUUCUAGAAUUUACAGAGAACUAUAUCCAUGUCCAUUUCUUGGAUAUACAGAAUGGGGAAGAAUUUCUCACUCUGACAAAAGACCAGCUUAUUAAGAUCUUGCGAAGUGAAGAGCUGAGCAUAGAAGAUGAGUACCAAGUUUUCAUAGCUGCAAUGCAGUGGAUUCUGAAGGAUCUAGGGAAAAGAAAGAAAUAUGUCGUGGAAAUACUGGAUACAGUUAGAUUUCCACUGCUACCCCCACAAAGACUCUUGAAAUAUAUAGAAGGUGUUCCUGAUUUCAGUCUUCGAGUGGCUCUCCAAACUCUCUUAAAAGAAUACUGUGAAGUGUGUAAGUCUCCCAAAGAGAGCAAAGUUAGCAGUUUCCUGCAGACAGCUAAGGCUCGUCCACGGAGAAAAGCCAGGAAGUACCUUUAUGCUGUAGGUGGAUAUACCCGUUUGCAGGGAGGCCGUUGGAGUGAUAGCAGAGCUCUCAGCUGUGUGGAGCGUUUUGAUACUUUCAGUCAGUACUGGACUACUGUGUCUUCUUUGCACCAAGCUCGCAGUGGGCUGGGAGUUGCAGUAUUGGGAGGAAUGGUCUAUGCAAUUGGAGGUGAAAAAGACUCCAUGAUUUUUGACUGUACCGAACGCUAUGAUCCUAUUACAAAGCAAUGGGCUGCUGUAGCUUCUAUGAACCAUCCUCGCUGUGGUCUAGGAGUAUGCACCUGUUAUGGCACCAUCUAUGCCUUUGGAGGCUGGGUAGGAGCUGAGAUUGGCACCUCAAUUGAACGCUUUGAUCCGGAAGAAAAUAGCUGGGAGGUUGUGGGCAGUAUGGCUGUACCACGAUACAAUUUUGGGUGCUGUGAAAUACAAGGUUUAAUUUAUGUUAUUGGGGGCAUUAGCAAUGAAGGAAUAGAACUGUGUUCUGUGGAAGUCUAUGACCCAAUAUCUAAGCGCUGGUCUACACUCCCUGAAAUGAGCACCAGAAGAGCCUACUUGGGGGUGGCUUCUCUGAAUGACUGUAUGUAUGCUGUUGGAGGAUAUAAUGAGACUCAAGAUGCCCUUCCAACUGUUGAAAAAUACUCUUUUGAAGAGGAAAAAUGGGUGGAAGUUGCUUCGAUGAAAGCCCCAAGAGCUGGAGUCUGUGUUGUAGCUGUCAAUGGUCUCCUUUAUGCCAUAGGAGGAAGGACUGCUAGCUAUGAUUCAGCUGCUCCAGUUACCUCAGACUCUGUAGAGGUUUAUAACCCACAUAUGGAUGCAUGGACCGAAAUUGCUAACAUGAUCACCAGCCGCUGUGAAGGAGGUGUUGCAGUGCUUUGACGAAUACAGAACUUUUUUAAAAAACAGAUAUUUGGGGUGUGAAUGUCAAUGUGAUAAAGUGAGGAUGCAUCCUCCUGAGAGUGUAUCUGCAGUUAUUGGACAUACAGAUCUCCAAAAUAAUGAACCAACACCUGUUACAGUUACUAUUAUUGGCUGUACUAAUAUGCUUCUUUGUGGACCAUACAAGAAUACAAGGAAUUUUUUGAUUCUU